UUAAAUUUGCAGCGAGUGCAAGUACAAAAAUGUCUAGCGAGGAGGAAACGGGCGCAGAGCAGCCGAGACGCGCGUCGCGAGACGUCAGUCCGAGCGGGUCACAUUGCAGCCAGGGCAGCAGAAGUAGCAGCAGCGGCAGCGGAAGCAGUGAUAGCGGCAGCGGCAGCGGCAGUAGUGCAGCGGCAGCAGAGGCGGAAGAAAUGCUGAGAGCGGACAGUAGCGUGGCCGCGGCUGCGGUCAAGCAGUCGGCGUCCGCUGCAGACGUACGCGGCAGCAGCAGCAGCAGCAGCACGCGUGCGCACCUGCAUGCACCCGGCUCUGACAACGAUGACUCUGACUCGGAUCAGGACGCCGGAGACCCCGACCACUUCCUGUCGAAGGGCGCCUUCCUGUUGACGCCCAGCAACGAGCUCAACAUGGAGAAGGCGUCGGCCAUUUGCGAGAAGAUGAACUUCAAGGGACCCUACUCGCUCACCAAGACCGCCACUGGCAUCCUCUUCAAGUUCGCCGAGCCCGACGACUACCAGGCAACUUUCAAAAAGGGAUUCCACAAAGUCACUGGUGCUAGGUUCUACAAAAAGGUCAGUCCUAGAAAUAUACACAUAUUCAACAUACUUAUCCAAAUGUACACAUAUUCUAAUAACAGGUCUUAUGAAACCUAUUCAACUUAUUAUAGUCGCAAAAGGCAGAAAAAUCACUGCCACAGAGCCACAAGUCAGCCAGAGAAACGUGGCAAAGAUGGGCAGGAUAAGGGUUCGGAGUUGGCCAAUGUGGGAGGCCCACCGCCGAUAAUUCGAGUAACCCUUGCCUCACUGGAAGAGUGCAACAUCCUCCUACAGAACGGACUCGACUUCUAUGGCGCCACAUUCUUCCCCACAGAGCCGGCCGCCGGCUUUGGUCUGGGUCGGUCAACCGGACGCAAGUCAAUCGCCAACAACAGUCGACUAAUAGAUGCUAUGACAGCCGCCAGUCUCAGGGUUCGAGAUGUCAUGCCAGUUUUCGAUGCAGCUGGAUUCUCAAAGAUUCCUCCGCCUUCCACGAAAACAGUGAAGCCUCGCUAGUGAAUACAAGACUUUUACGUUAUUAAUGCGUUAAUGAAAAUACAGUUCCUCUAUAAGUUCCUGAAUCUAUUGUGUGUAGAGCAUUAAUUAUUAAUUAUUGUGAUAAUACCUAUAAUAAUAAUUUUAAAUGUAUGUAUUCGUCUACCUGAAUUGAAAUCACAGAGCAAACUGAGAUAUUGUAAUCGAUUAGUAUUCCACUCAUCACAAUACAUAAUAAAGCAACUAUUAUUUAGCAUUUCAUAGAGUACCUACGUUAGAUGAGAAGUUAUAUUCACGUGUUAGAAGUUCACAGUAGCAUUCGCAUAUCAAAUUUAUCACAUUGGAAUUAAUUCUUCGGGAACGCAACAUUGGGAAAAUGGUUUAACAAAGUAAGAUAAAGAAAAUAAUUAUAAUAAUGUAUGUUGAUGCUUUUCGGAUAUUUGUUCGGUUCUUGGAAUUGGAACUGAUAUUUUAAAUAAUUAGUGUAUUAGAUACUCGAAUUAAAAUCUUGAUGGUAAUAAAAAUUAUAAUUAUUGAAUAUCGAAAUUAUUAUAAAAAUGUAAAGAUAGUUUCAUAAUUACUGUGGUUCAUCUAUUGUCUAUUAUAAUGAAGAUAAUUUUCGAAAAUCUCGUC